GAUGUGCUUAUUUUGUUAGAACCAAUUGAAGCUACUACAAAAUUGUUCUCUACAAUAUUAUAUCUGACUAUAGAUAACAUUCGUCUAGUAUUUUUUGGUAUUCAAGAUUUUUUAGAUAAGUAUAUUGGACAAGAAGAAUUUUCUUAA